AAGUAUAUACACAUGCACACACACCCAUCUCCCACAUUCACUCCCUUGCACGUGUGCACUGGGGCUGAGAGAAGCCUUAUACCGGAGACACAGACUUUCCUCUCACACGGAUGCCGACUGUGCAGAUGGACUCGGCAGAACCACACCACACUGCUGUCACCCACCAGUAGACACUUUUGCACGCGCACCGGCAACACAGCACCCACCGGCGCGGGUGAACGCGACGGGGAUGCCAGGGGAGCCUGAAAGAUGCCGAGGAAACAAGCCGCGCUCCGUCCAGCAGAAGCCGCAUCCCUUCAUCAGCUUGCGGAGCUGAUACCUCAGGUCGGACAGUCACUACUUCUUCCUCUACUUCUCUUGCUCUGACUGUGUUUGAGGUGGAGAAUUUUUACAGGUGAAAGCAAAGAAAGGACGGGAGUCACAGGCUGUCCCAACAGUGAUACUCCUGUCUUUUUGGAGAGUUAAUGUUUGGACCCUUUUUUUUUGUCCCAGUGAACUGCAUCAGGCUUCUUAUUUUUGGGACUGAGCAGGUGAAGAGGACUAAAUUUCAUCUUUUUUUUAUGGUUCUUGUUUUAUAAUGCGACGAGUUCGUUUUAGACGGGGUUGAGACAAACUUCAUUUGUGCUCGGAGUACUCUUAGACUGGGACAGAGGUGUCAGAGGGAUAGCGGCUAGACUGCACUGGAAUUUGGGUGGAUAACAACAUGACUCGUCCUGGCAGAGGUAGAGUGACGUGCGAAAGCUUUACUUGAACCGGUCUCCCAACCACAACGCACAAAUCCCAGAAGGACAUAUAAAGGCAAACGACCACUCAUCCAAACCUCCGUGAGCAGUGGUUGUCAGACUUGGGAGGGCUUUUAAAGGAUCCACCCUUCUCUUUCCUCCACCUCCAACUCUUCCUCCCUUCCUCUCCUUCUUUUUCUGCUCCCUCCCAGUUGAUUCGUCCUAGGAAGCCCCCUCCUCCGCUCUGCACCCCUCCCUCAGCGGUGCUCCGUCGCCCUGGGUGAGUGGGCAGGGGGUGGCCCACGGUACCCCCGACACCUGGGUGCCACCGAGCCGCCAGAGGCUGGUGAGGGGGCAGCUGGGUCAGCACUGGGAAGAUGGCCGCUCUUGCCAGCUCCCUCAUCCGCCAGCGCAGGGAGGUCAAGGACCCCCAGGCAAACCGGCAGAUCGCCAGCAAGCGAAAGCCCUGCCCGAAGAGCAACAAGUCACUUUGCCAGAAGCAAAUCCUCAUAUUAAUAUCAAAAGUUCGAUUAUGUGGCAGUCGAGGGAGAAAAAUGGAGAAAAGACCAGAGCCUCAGCUGAAGGGCAUUGUCACGCGGCUCUACUGCAGACACGGCUUCUACCUCCAGAUGCUGCCGGAUGGCACCAUGGAAGGCACAAAGGACGAAAGCAGCUCCUUCUUGCAGUUCAACUUGAUUCCUGUGGGGCUCAGGAUAGUGGCCAUCCAGAGCACCAAGACAGGGCUCUACGUUGCCAUGAACAGCGAGGGCUACCUCUACACUUCGGAACACUUCACACCUGAGUGUAAGUUUAAGGAGUGUGUGUUUGAGAACUACUACGUCACCUACUCGUCCAUCCUGUACAGACAGACCCAGUCAGGGCGGGCUUGGUACAUCGGCAUCAACCGGGACGGCCAAGUCAUGAAGGGGAACCGUGUCAAGAAGACAAAGGGAGCUGCUCACUUCCUGCCCAAACUUAUUGAAGUGGCUAUGUACAGGGAGCCCUCUCUACAUGACGUUGGUGAACAGAGUCCGCCCAGAAAAACGCCCAAGACCUCCAGUGAUUCGCCUGUGCUCCAGAACGGCAAGAAAGAUCCUCAAUCCAAAACCAAAACCUCCUCCUCCUAGCGCUCAGAGACACAGGAGAGAGGAGGGGUAGACAACACGUGGACAAUGGGCACCAGCGGACACCUGAACAAGUUUGUUAGGGCUACCCUCCCCCCACAUGCUGCCUGUAAUACUGAUCCCAUAAUGCACUGGUGACAAACUGGGUAAAAAACAGAAGCAAGUCCAGGCAGAGUGGAGUUGGCCAGUGGGAGGCCCCUUUUACCUUUACAGAAGCCCAUUCACACCAGCCCUCCAUCUUCUUAUUUAACGACCUUUGUGAUUAGCAGAGCCUGGGAUCUAAAAGCAAUAACUCCGCAAAGAGGUGAAAAGUGGCCUAACAUUGUACAGCAUGUCACCACAGCGUGUUCAACCAGCUGGAAGGGAAACCCCCCCACACCCUCUAGACAUCAUCAUUGAGAUCCUUCCAGUCAACCAAAUAUCCAAACAAAGUCUUCCUGGGUUUAACACAAAGAGUACACUGGGUAAAUCUGUCCCUCUGCUGCACAUGCUCCACAAUUGGGUUAUGUUUUUAUUCCCCUAUGGGGUUUAAUGCUAACGUUAGCUUGACACAGAGUCAUGCUAAUAUGAGGCUGUCACACAGACCCUUUGGUUCUAAAGCCAUCUGCUCACUCCACAUCUUCAGCGUGUGCGUCAGCAACUUUGUGAGAUAGCCUGAAUAUGUGUCAGUCCUAUAUGUGUGUGUGUGUGUGUGCAUAUGUGUGUUCCCUUCUUCCAUUCACCUUUGCUACGAUUUUAUUAGUUCGUGACAUGGACUCAAUUUUCCACUCUGCGGCACAAGAAAGCCCCUCCCUCCUCUGCGGUUCCGUUAAUGGAGUCUGGGACUGAUCAGAAUCUUUCGACCCUUAAACGAGGGGUCAAAAGCUCCCCCGGCACAUUGCGUAACCGCAUAACCCACACUCAUUUAUACACUUACAUCUACACAUGCAUGUUUGUGGUGUGCGCAGCACGUGCACACACUUUAGAGCCCAGAUGUCCAUGAGCAUCGAUCGCUGAAAACCAUCUCACACCUUAACACACUUAACAAAGUGACAUGCAUUAACACACACACACACAAACACGCACGCUUGUGACUGCACCCACUAACAUGCCGAUACAGUGGUGAGUGUGCGUGCAGGUUCUGGGAGAUGAUGAGGAUAUCAUCAGCGAAAUGGGUUGGUGAUGGAGCCUGGCUGUGCGGUUUGUGAUUGUGCUGCAAUAGCUGUUUUCACUGUGGCCGGCCAUGCAUUGCACAAGCCCUCAAGGGCCACACAGUAUCUCUGCAAAUCAUCUUUACACACACACACACACAUAUAUAGAAAUGCCAAUUUUGUAUUUUGUCAUCAUGCUCUGCCAUCAUGUUCAGGGGGUCUGACUUAAGAUUUUGACCUAAUACUGUGUGAAAUAGUCAAUAUUCACACAUACACUGAUAUUCAGUGAAAGGCUAAAACUAAGUGAACAACCUUUCAUUUGAUAUAUCACAAUCAGUAAUCCUUUUAAUCGGAUUUAAUGUCAAGUGGCUGUCUUGAAACUAAAGAUAAAUGUGAAAAUAAUAUAUGACAGUUGGCUACGCAGCUCUAAUUUGUCAUACACUAAGAGUUAUCUUACAUCUGUAUGUGAAUUACACUUCCCCAAAUUUUCGAGCUGCAUAGCAUUGUUCAAAUAAACCGUGUUUAUUCCUUAAAGAUAAAGAUAAAGUUACAAGACAUUAUGGAAAGCAGCUCUGGUGGAAAAAGCUCAGUUCCCCCUGAGCAAUGUGGCAGCAACACUAAAAAAGGAAAAAAAAUUGCCCAAAAUGCUGACUUUAAGUAAUUUGAUUUAAUGUAAGUUUCCAUCUAUUUUUUUUUAUCACGUAAGUACAAUGUAAAAGGUUCACUUUAAUGGUCAAAUGAAAUUUAGUUGAUUGAUAUACCUUCAGUUUAUACCAAGGCGAUCCUUAUUUGAAUAAAAACCUUUGAUUUUAGAAAGAUUUAAAAAUUGUAUUUUUUAUUUUUAAACUUGUAGUUUUCAGGCGUAAGUUUGGGAGUUUCAAAAGUUACAUUUUCAGAGACUUUAUUUGCAUAUAUUCCCAGAUAUCAGUUUGGGAAGCAGACUGUACUUUGAAAGAGUACAAUUAAAUGAACUAUGCCACCAAAUUGCAUUAUGGGAAAUGUAGUAACUUGUGUUCUGUUUUGCUGGAACCAAAGUCAGGAUUUCUUCAGUUUCUUCUGCACUGAUUUAUCAUUCAAAGCUCCCAUACUUCAUACAUAAAUUAGUGUAGGGUCCUCAGUUAAAUUAUUGUAACAUUAGCUAAAGAAACUAAUGCCUAGGAGUCAUUUGUUUCUGUAAUUUUUAACAUUUUUAGAAAUGAACUCAGCAGUUUUUUGGGGUCUGGUUUUAUAGUAAAUCGCUCCCAGAGAGUUUGAUUUUGAUGCAAAUAGGAAUUCAAGCCUUCUUUACUUGUCACAUCCUCACAAUUAUUAUUUAGAACUUAUAUAUUGUGAUCCCAUGAUAUGACUGAGGCAAAAUUAAUUAAAGUUGUAUGAGCAUAGACGAUGGUACAAGAAUGAUGGCUCUGAAAAAAGGAAACUUAAGCGUCUCACAUCUUUUUGCCAGUGUUUAUUUGUUAGCCUCUCCUGGUAAAGAAAAUCACUAGCAUAUUUAAUAUUUCACUCCUUUCUUUCCGGAGACCUUGUUUGGUGCAUUUCCAUUUGUUGUUUCCGUUCAACACAAAAAGCAAUCAUUUUUCAUAUCAAACUUGCUACAAUAUGCCAGGCAGGGUAAUUGUUUCUGCCUUAUGUUUAUGUACUGUGGGAAGCGAGGGAGUCCUUUGUGUUCGGGAGGUAAAGGCGAGGCGAGAUUGAUGAUCAGGGCACGGAGAGAGAGAGCGAGAGAGAGAGAGAGAAACAAAAGAAAUGAGCGAGAGAAGAAGAGAAAAUUUUGGGAAGGAUAAUUAUGAUGAUGAGCACAACAAAAAGAGAUUUAAAAGGGAAUUAUGGAAAUGUGGACACUCUUGCCUGAAGACACACAUUUACUAGCGCUUCUCCUUAUGCGCGUAAUCCUCUGCCCCCAUGCAACCUGUGGUUGUAAAUAAUAAUAGCUGAUAACCCAAUCAGGAUGGAGGCGAGGGUGCUGAGCAAUGUAAUCUUCUACCUGAGAAUUGAAGCAAAUUGUACCUCUGCUUUCCUGAAGGAAGAAAGGAAGGAAGGAAAGAGUAAUCCAGUGAAUACUUAAAGGAAAGGAAGUGGUCUGAAAGAGAGGAAAUAAAUAAAAGAGGGAAUGAAGGAUAUAAAGGAAGGUGAUUCGAUACAUAUAUGAUUUAAAAUAAUAUAUAUUUUUUAAUUUAUUGUACUUAAGCUACUGUUAAAACCUCACUUUCACACUGAAGACCUUAAGUAAACUGUUAAAUAGACAUUCAGGUUGAUGUGUUUGACCAGCCACCCUCCCUGGAUCACACGAUCCAGAACACAGUGUUUGACUAUUAUUUGCAGAGUAAUUAGUGUUUAAUUAAAAGAGGCUCCCUCCUCCCAGAACUGAAGCAAGUCUGUCUGAGACUGGAUUCUCUUAGAUGGAGAGAGGAGUAACUCAACAAACAGAGCUUUUGUAACAUCUAUAUUAUGUAUUUUAAGGGCUGGGAAAUCUGUGUUGCAAUAUUUUUUUAUGUAUGUCUCAUGACUGUUGUUUUUGGGAUUUAAAAGGAGGUUAAGGGCUAAAGUUUUAGUUUAAAUAAUCCUUGUGGAAGAGUUUAAGGAGCACUCCACUGAUUUUGCACAGAUUAUUUUCAUCAUGUAGAUAAACAAACAUUUGAAAGUGUGUUCAGACAGAGCACCACCUCGCCAGCGCAUUGGUGUUACGAUGAUAAAUGACAAACCUGGCUCGUGUAUGCAAAGUUAAGCCAGUGUAGGAGUGCUUUAAUCCUGCAUUCUCUCUAAUGGCCAGCAGGGGGCGACUUAUCUGGUUGUACGAAAAAGUCAGAUUCUAUAAAAGCCUAUGGGACAAUGACCCAGAACCUCACUCCAUGACGGUGUCGUUUGCUAGUUUCAAGAUUUAAUCCCAUGUAGAGAAAAAAUGCUAAAUCUCAAAUCAGUGGAUCACAAAUGAAAAAAUCUUUUCUCAAACUUUUUAUAAAACUAACUGGAAAGAAAGCACUAUUAUACAAACAAGAAAAAGCAUAUACCAGUUAAUGGCAAGCCAGUGCAUCGCUUUAUGUUUACGUGAGAGCUCAGCCAUUAGCUCAUCUUGCCAGGAACUAUGCGGUCCCCCUUUUUCCUCUAUUCUAGAAUACUGUUGAUAUUGCUACAUUCAUAAGGGUAAUUAUAAAAGUGGCUUUUAAUUUAAAACUGCCUCUGAUGGCUUUUUUGCUCAUGUCCUUCCGCCCACAGCUGUUUUCAUUUGCUAAACCAGUCAUCAUCUCAUUAAAAAGGUGCCCCGUGUCCUGUCUGAACACACCUCUGAGGAUAAAAUGACUGUGAUGAAGUCUUGAUCCUCAUUUUUAGGUUUGAGGUCUUCUGACAGAAAACCUUAGAUACAAAACUAAAAGAACAUAAGAAGCAAUGAAAGCGGAGAUGUGUCAAAAUGGGAAACGUGUGGUCCUGCUAGUUUGGAUCUUGUCUCGUGAGAGUGAGAAUAUAUAUUUUUUAGUCCAUUUGUAGUCCUUUCCUGACUUUGAAAUACAGAAAAUCACUGGAGGGGCCCUUUAACUUUCAAAAUAAAAGCUGUAUGAGAGCAAAUGAGGUAAAAAAAAACAUUUCAUUUUUAUGGAGUAAGUGUAGGGCUAUGAACAUUUGGUGUCAUGCCUCAUGUCAUGUCAUACAGUGACUUUAAAACCAAGCUUUUGUUAAACCAGCCCAUCUUUGUCACUUCACUGACCGCACGUCAGUCAACACUGACAUCUAGUGAGUGAUGGAUUCAUAGCUAACUAAACUUCUGUGUGUUUUGCAUGUGUGUGUGUGUUGAUUCAGCAAUUAAAUGCAAUCCAUUAGAAAUGAUCCAUCAGCCACUUAAAGCUGCAUCAGUCAUCUGAGUGUCCCACUGUAAAAUACGCAGACACGUUUGAUUUUUAUCCGACUGUUAUUUAAAUUCUACCUGCAGCCUGAUUACUGAUGUUAGUGCCCAUAUUUUUUUAAGUAACAACUCAGAUUUCCAGUUAAUAAUAUCAUCGUCAUUAUUAUUAUUUUUUAAGCUCAACUGAGAAGUAAUCAGAUUAAUCCUGGAAGGUUUUAUCUGUUAUUUUUAGUCUAUUUCAAACUAUGUUGGAGAUCUUAAAGAGGAUGUUGCUUUGUUUGCAGUGUUAUUGAUUUCACUUUUGCGGUGGCAGAAAAGUAGAAUUACUAAAUCAUUUAUAGCAGGUGGAAAGUUUGCGCAGCCACACGAGUGUGUACUGGUUUGUGUGUGUGUGUGUGUUUUAUGCUGUGUUCGUACACUCCCUCUUUUCCCUCUCUCUCUGUCCUGCGAGUCUUUUGUGAAGCCUGAAAUCAGCCUGUCCGCUCUCAGCCUUCAGGCUUCACUUCAAACGACUCUGCGUAAAUUACAGGAUGUAAAGUUUGCCAUUUCUCUCGGCGGCCGUCUCUCUGAGCACAUGUUUGAUUAGUGGACACCUCUCUCCCCUCCCGGGGCUGAAUUUACUGCUUUUAACUGGCUGAUGAAUGUCUUCGGAUUCAGCUCUAAACGUUAAAUAUCGGCUCUUUGGUGAGCUC